UUCGAAUUCGAUAGAUAGCCGUUGCCGUUUAAAGAGUUUCAAGUCUCUCGAUUGAACCGAUCCGGGAUCUCUCCCGUUCCGACCCACACAACGGCUGUCCUCACACCCAGGCAGGGAAACGCCGACCAAGCAUGGACCACGGCCCCGACAAGAAAAAGGUUGCAAGACUAGCAUGUCUAAACUGUCGCCAACGCAAAGUCAAAUGUUGCGGGACGCAGCCAAUCUGCGAGCGUUGCAAAAGCCAAAACCUCGUUUGUUCAUGGUUACCGUCGCAGAGGGGUGGAGCGCGCGUUCCACGCAAGAAAGACAAGAGUCCCGAGAAUGUACAAGGUGGUGGACGUCCGAGGAUCAGCGAGGAGAGAUCAUCACCCGACGAGUCUUUCGUGUCUUUCAACGAAGACCACGACAUGGGCGUCGACAUGGACUACGACCAAUCCUACGACUACGACCUCGAUGAACAAAUCGCCCUCCUCCAACAAACCUCCCUCAACCCUUCCACAACCUACCUCACCCUUUCUCCCAGCACUUCCACCACCAAAUCACCCGCCUCCUCGACCCCCGGCACCGAACUCAUCCAACUCAACUACGCCGGUGGCGAGGGCCUCCUCCCCCGCGAAUACACCCACCUCAUCGCGACCUACUACGCCCACUUCCACCACAAUCACUCUUUCCUCCUACCUCACCACCUCGUCAUUCCCCGUUUCAGGCGUAGCGGAGGGUUGUUCUGGGGUGUAUUGUGGGUUGGGUCCCAUUUCACCCAUACGCUCUCCCCUUCAUCGCCAUACCCUAAUGGAGAACGCGGGAAUGAAGCGUAUCUCGAGGAUGCAAGGGCUGCGUUGGAGGGGAGGAUGGAUGAGGAGAUGGUUGCUGAGGAUGUACAGGCGUUGGUGUUGUUGGCUGUUGGGUGUUAUGUCAACGCCCGACGUGAGGAGGCGGUUGGAUUUGCCAAGAGGGCAUGUGAGGGAGCGAUUCUGUUAGGGUUGCAUUUGUUGGAUGAUGAGGAAUCGGCAAGCUUUGUACUUGCACAGUCGUCGGUGGAGAAGGAGAGUAUGAGGCGGACGUGGUGGACCGUUUGGUGUGUUGACCGCAUGUUUGCGGCAUUGGGUGGGAAAUCCACUGCGCGGAUUCCGAAGGAUUUGAGGAUUCGGACGAGAUUGCCGACUUCGGAGGAGGAGUACGAGGUUGGUCAAAUGAUCUCCACGGUGGGGUUCUUGGAGGACUUCAAACGAAACAUGUACGUCGCGGAUACCGGAUACGAAUGGAGUCCCUGGGCAUACCUCGUCGCCGCUCUCGAGAAUCUGGAAAACAUUAUCGCAUUCGUUAACGUACCAACUUUCACGCUGGACGAUACGGCAACGUUGGAGAUGCUCGAUAACCAACUCUACGGCCUCGCGAUGCGUUUACCGGAUUACGGUGCCUCCCUCCUCCGACGUCCGCCUCAGAUGAGUGGUGUUUUGUUUUUUGCGCAUAUGGUCGUGAAUACGACGACGCUCUACCUCCACUCCCGAUUUGCGGCAAACUCCUUACCGUUUUUGGUACAGAGCCCGCAUUGUGGAAAGUGUACCCACAUCCCGGAUUUGAUGCACUACAACUCCUCAACGAUUCAAUCCAUCAACCGCUGUUUUACAGCCGCUCACUCACUCGCGCGGCUUGUCCGUUGUUCACCGCUUGAGAUGAGUCAACAUACUCCCUUCCUUAUGUGCGGUUUCUCGCUCUCAUGCCUCGUUGACGCAUCCGCUGCCGCAGUCGGUUGGGAAAAGGAAAAGGCCAUGGCGGGCUUGUCGGUCGGUAUCGGUGGUUUGAGGUCAUUUACGAAGGUUUGGGCGGGAGCGGUGGGGUUGGUAGACAGCGUCGAAAACGCGAUCAAUAAUCUGAGGAUCUUGGAGGGGGUUGGGGAGGGUGUUAGGAACGUUACUGCGGCCGAUUUUGGCAUCAAGGGCGAUGGGCCGGCAGGUGAGAUUGUUGAGGCGGGAAUCGUGGAGCAGGAGAUGGCUAUGUGAGUGAGAUAUGAAGCACGAGGGUUGAGGUGGGGCAUUC